UCUGAUGACGUCACACAAUACUAGCGGAUUCCCCGCGUUUACGGCAGACGAAGAUCCCAGACUGUCUGCUAUAUAAUCUUCGCUCGAGGAACACUUCGCCACAAUCUGCCUUCACGUCCAAGCUAAAAGUCUAACUCCUACCCCUCUAACAAUUUUACAAAGAUGGUCAGUGAAAAGUCUUCAGUGACGGCGGCAGUGCUCGUGGUCUCCCUGGCGGCCCUCGCCCUUGCCUCCGAGACUCGGCAUUACGCCCCAAAUACAGGCGUCCUUGAGGGCGUGGGCGGCCUUCAUGGUGCUGGGAUUGAAGGUGGCGUAGGACACGGCCUCAGUGAUGGAUUAGGACACGCUCCAGGUGCUGGACUGAGCCUCGGACACGGCUUGGAUUCCGCUGUCGGAUUGGGACACCAGGAUACGCCAACUGCAAGAACUGGUGCAAGGCCCCCACGGGCAAGUACGAGUGCUGCGACGACCUCAAGCCCGGCCACUGCCCUCCCGUCCGCCCCACAUGCCCCUCCGUCAGGAGCGUCCUUCCUCCCACGCCCUGCACGAACGACGCCUACUGCCCCGGCGCCGAUAAGUGCUGCUACGACACCUGUCUCGAGUACCGCACCUGCAAGCCCAUCAGCACCUUCUACUGAGACAGCAAACUCUAGUCACGAGGAGUUGCAAUGCUGCAGGUCCCGAUCUUUCCAUCGUUUUCACUCAGCUAUCAUCUACAUCUCGAAAAAAUAUUUGAUUUCCAUGAGUGGAGUUACAAGGCCAGUUGCCAUAUAUGUGUGUGAUAGAACAAUAAAGUUAAUAAAACUGUAUUUCUGA